AUGCACCUCAUCAACCCCGAGGAGAUCACUCUCGGAGCGCUCAUUGGCGAGGGCGGGUUUGGCAAGGUGUAUUAUGGGGAUUGGGCAGGGCAGGAGGUGGCAGUCAAGGUGAUGUCAGCAGAGGCAAGCCACCAGGCUGUGGUGCUGCAGGAGUUCCAGAGGGAGGUUGUGACAAUGACAAUGCUGCCGGGCCACCCGCAUGUGCUGCGGCUGCUGGGAGCAUGCAUCCAGCCGCCCCUCAUGGCCCUCGUGACCCCCUACUGCCCCAAGGGUUCGCUGUAUGCGCUGCUGCACUCGCCGACGGUGCAGCUGUCGUGGGGCCAGGUGGCGUUCAUCUGCUGGGGGGCCGCCAAGGGCAUGCACCACCUGCACUCCCACCACGUCAUCCACCGCGACCUCAAGUCAGGCAAUCUGUUGGUGGAAGAAUCGCUGUGCGUGCGCGUGGCGGACUUUGGGCUGGCACGAGUGAUGCACGACCUGCACACGCUCACGGGCGGACUGGGCACCUUCCAGUGGAUGGCGCCCGAAGUUCUGGCGCACCAGCGCUACUCCAAAAAGGCCGACGUCUACUCCUUCGCAGUCGUGCUCUGGGAGUGCACCGCGCGCCAGGUGCCAUACGCUGGAGUGAGUGGCAUUCAGGCGGCUUUGGCGGUGAUGCACCGGGGACUGCGCCCGGACAUCCCCGGCCACACGCCACCGGCGCUGGCAUCGCUUAUCCGCGACUGCUGGCAGCCCCUACCAGAUCAGCGCCCCAGCUUUUCUGAUGUGGCCGCCCGCCUGGAGGCCAUGUACCGGGACUUCACCAGCACCUGAUUUCUUUCUGGAAGAGAUAUGCUGACAUCACAUCAGUGCAAGCAACAGGGAGAUAAGCGGAAGGGCUGCCUGAUGAUGAUGCUUGCGAAAAGAUUGUGAGAGGAGUGUUUGAGGAAGGGUCGUUGUCCAGUGAGAUAUGUGCCACCGGGCGAGCAAUUCUUCUGUGUGAUACUAUCAUCUUAGCAAAGUUGUCAAGAGCAAGAGAGGUGUGGCAGUAGCAUGAGCGACAAUAAAUAAAUAAAUAAAUGAUGCGAUAUUGCUCACUUGCUCACUAGAAAUCACAUGCCAUCGUUAUAUAACACUAGAUAUAUCACUAGAUGUGACUCUGCACAUCGCUUUCACAGGACAUGGAAGACACGUGUGCGCUAUGUUCUUCAAUAAAGUCAAAUUAAUUUGAUGCCAUCAGUGAUGAAGCAAAUAUGCAACAAUUAGGGUCAUAGUGUAAGGACAGUACUACAACAAAAA